GUUGCAUUCUGCUCUUCGUUCUUGUCUUCUUUCCCGUUGUUGCGAUAGGUUGAGCCGGGCUCUUCGUUUGUGGUACUUACACGCCCUGUCACCCACGGUUUACCAGAGCCACCAGCGCGAUUGUUACACCCUCGGCAGCGCCCUCCUUUCAUCGAACAACGUCACAUUCCAUCAAUGCAGUAGCCACUGCCAACGCUUUCUUUCAGUCGACUUUCAAUACUUCAAUUGCCCGGUGCAUUUAAUAUCUUCGGCGCGACGUCUGGUUACGUUGGUGCGGCUAUUGCACAUACCAUACCUGCGACAUCUGCCGUUCUAAUACCUCACACUCUCUGACCAGCCCCCGGCAUCUCCGGCUCGACCCGUGGGAUUACCGCCUUUGUUGACCGAUUUCCCGGCGUUUAGCGCGAAGUCAGAAAUAAUAACCAGCCGCCAGCAUCAUGCCGCACCCAAGCCUCGGGGAGCCGUUUUCUCCGUCAAAGAUACACCCGCUGCUGUCCCCACAACGCACUACCUUCUCCGGCCUUAAUUCCGUCGACGCAGCAUUAAACGUGCCGCUCCCCCAUUCUCCGCUGCCUCCACACUCUCCGACUCCGGUCAGCCACGCGAACCAACUGAACACUGAUAAUGCACCCUCGGUAACCCCCGUGGAUUCAAGCGGCACCGCGCCUGCCCCCACCUCAUUGCGCGAUCCUGUUGGCACCACGGACGAGCCGACGCGGACCGAUUCGCAGGCUUCCAUAAGCACCGCAUCUUCGAUCGAGAAUCUCACCACACUUCCCAAGAAGUCGUUCCGGGAGCAUCGCGAACAGCGCAAAAUCAAGCACCGCAAGAACGCCUACUCCAUCGACUCAAUCCCGCGCCAGACCAUACUUAAGGCGCUCCAGUCGCAUCGCCCAUCUAUGUCACAGGAUCCCGACGCAGCCUCCAUGGAUGCGCUCAUGAUGAGCGGCAAGACGAUCGAGCCGCUCAAGACGCAUCCUUCCGAGAUGGCCCAACAUCGCCUUGCUGAGGCCCUCUCGGAGCUCGAUCUGCAUUCUGCUGAACUCUCGAGCAAGAUGGCGGCUCUGGCCUCGCCGUGCUUUUUCCACAAGAAGUUCGACAAGGCAGUCAACCUCGACAAGGUGCUCGAUGAGAUGGCCGACGACGAAGGCAUCUCGCACUCUCGUCUGAUGCAGACUGCGACAAGUGUGCGCGAGGUCUCCAAGCAGCUCCAGCGCCGCCCGAUCAAGAUGACCAUCCGCAAUGUCAUGAUUGUCACCAAGGCGCGCGACAAUCAACUUGUCCACCUCACGCGCGAGCUAGCUGAGUGGCUCUUGUGCACUCCGCGCCACGGCUCAGAUGUCGGAGUGAAUGUAUAUGUGGACCAGAAGCUCCGCAAGUCGAAGCGCUUCGACAUGCCCUCGCUUUUAGCGAAAGACGCUCGCUUCGAGAACAUGCUCCGGUUCUGGACGCCUGACCUUUGUUGGGAAUCCCCCGAGAAGUUCGACCUCGUGUUGACCCUCGGCGGAGAUGGCACUGUUCUUUUCACAUCCUGGCUCUUUCAGCGUAUCGUGCCACCGAUUCUCUCCUUCUCUCUUGGGAGUCUUGGAUUCCUCACCAACUUCGAAUUCGACCAAUACAAGGAGGCUCUCGGCAAGAUUCUGGGUGAUACUGGAAUGCGCGUGAACCUCCGCAUGCGCUUCACUUGCACCGUUUACCGCUACCAGAAGAACGCUGCGCCAGAUGCACCACAGCAUAUCGAAGCUGAGCAAUUUGAGGUGCUGAAUGAGCUUGUCAUCGACCGUGGCCCAUCGCCCUACGUCUCUCAACUGGAACUGUUUGGGGACAAUAACCUGUUGACUGUCGUGCAAGCCGACGGUUGCAUUUUCUCAACACCUACCGGAUCCACUGCCUACUCAUUGUCCGCGGGAGGCUCGCUUGUGCACCCCGACAUACCCGCUAUACUGCUUACGCCUAUCUGCCCGCAUACUCUGAGCUUCAGGCCUAUGCUGUUGAAUGACAGCAUGCUUUUGCGCAUUGCAGUGCCCCGAAACUCCCGCGCUACCGCCUACUGCGCUUUCGACGGCAAGGGUCGUGUGGAGCUCCGACAGGGUGACCAUGUCACCAUCGCCGCCUCACAGUAUCCCUUCCCCACGGUCCUGUCGCAGCCCACCGAAUGGUUCGAUUCCAUCUCACGUACGCUGCGAUGGAACAACCGUGGCGCUCAGCAAAAGGCGUGGGACGGCGAUGCGGAAGAAAAGGACGGUGAGGAGCAAGACAAUGGCUUCGACAUUGACUUUGACAACGACGACGCCGAUCAGGACUCUGGGUACUCGGCUGAGGGGUCGCAGUCUGGUGGCAGAGCAAGCCCAAUCAGGAAGGGUAUGGUGCUGCCUUUCUUGUAGAAGUGGGGUUAGCAAGGGGAUUUCUCGGCGUUGGCGCUUCUGGGACUCCUCUUGCUACUGCUGCUUGGGCAGGUCCCAGUGGUUUCGGUGAUUCUUUUCGUGCACCCUUCUUCGUCUGUCAUUAUAUUUAUUUGCCUCCCCUCUUGAUAAGGUAGAGGUGUUGUGUGGAUGUUGUUGCCCCGGAUGGAAGGAUGUCUCGGGUCGAGAUCUGGAUGUGAAUAUUGGACAUUUCAGCGAGCGCUUGAACUUAUGAUAUCCUAGUAGAUGCGUCGCAUAUUAGAACUGAGGUAGAUGAGAGAAAUUAGUGGAAGGUCAGACGCUGGAGCGGCUACCGCCUGCGGUCCGAUCCCUAACGAGUCAAUGUCG